AUGUUGGUGUUGCCUGGUACCUCGGCGCUUUCGACAUUUAAGGCUGGAAGUCUUCUCAAGAAUAUUCAAUCCCAGGUUCCUUCUGUGACCAAUAUUGCUGGUCUUCAUAUCCACUUUGUUCAACCACGAUCGGACGAGAGCCUCGCACAGUUGCAGAAUGGCGAAUCAGAACAGGGAAAGGUGUUGAGAAAUCUCCUUACUUAUGGCAGCAACCCGAUCGCAGCAGAGUCAGAAGCCGCCAUUACGUCCUUUUUGUCGAACCAAGUGCAACCUGCCAAUGCCACAGUUGUUGUAGUUGUUCCACGUGCUGGUACCAUUUCGCCAUGGUCAUCCAAGGCUACCAACAUUGCCCAUUUGUGCACAUUGUAUGAUCAAGUUGAGCGUAUCGAACGUGGCAGUGCCUUCAUUAUUACCAAGGAGGAUGGAUCUCAAUUGACUGCUGCUGAAUUGGCUGCAUUUGCCGAUCAUAUUCAUGACCGCAUGACCCAGAGUAUUGGUACUCAACUUCCAGAAUCCGAAGCUGUGUUCAAGCAUGGUCAACCAAAGCCUUUGACGAUUGUCGACUUGCUUGGUGGAAAUGAAGGAUUGCAACAAGACCCAGCUGUCGCUCGUGAGAAGCUCGUCAAGGCCAACCAAGAACUCGGCUUAGCAUUGGCAACCGAUGAAAUCGAUUACUUGAUCUCGGCUUUUGUUGGCAAGGAUGAUGCUUUGAAACGCAACCCCACCGAUGUCGAGCUCUUCAUGUUUGCUCAAGUCAAUUCAGAGCAUUGUCGUCAUAAGAUCUUUGGUGCUGAUUGGACAAUUGAUGGUGAAGCCAAGCCCAACUCGCUUUUUGGCAUGAUCCGCAACACCCACAAAGUCAGCCCCAAUUACACUCUCUCCGCUUAUUCUGAUAAUGCUGCUGUCAUGGAAGGUUUCAAGGCUACUCGAUUCGCUCCAUCCAUCAAUGCAAACAACAAGUACGAGCACUUUGAGGAAGAUGUCCAUUAUAUUGCAAAGGUGGAAACCCAUAACCAUCCUACUGCUGUAUCCCCUUUCCCUGGUGCCUCCACUGGUUCUGGUGGUGAGAUUCGUGAUGAAGGUGCUGUUGGCCAAGGAUCCAAGCCCAAGGCUGGUCUCGUUGGUUUCACUGUUUCCAAUUUGAUGAUCCCUGGCAACAUUCAACCUUGGGAAACUGAUUUUGGAAAGCCUGGACAUGUUGCAUCAGCCUUUGAUAUUAUGAUGGAAGCUCCUCUUGGUGGUGCUGCAUUCAACAAUGAAUUUGGUCGUCCUGCUCUUACUGGUUACUUCCGUACCUUUGCUGAAGAGGUCCCUGUUUCUGAAACUGAAAAGGAGAUUCGUGGUUACCAUAAGCCUAUCAUGAUUGCUGGUGGUGUUGGUAGCAUUCGUCCCAAUCACGUGCUCAAGAAGCCCAUUUCUCCUGGUGCCCAUUUGAUUGUACUUGGUGGCCCUGGUAUGUUGAUCGGCUUAGGUGGUGGUGCUGCUAGUUCAAUGGCAUCAGGCCAAAGCAGUGCCGAAUUGGAUUUCGCAUCUGUUCAACGUGACAACCCUGAAAUGGAACGCCGUGCUCAACAAGUCAUUGAUUUUUGUGUUGCCAUGGGUGAUGAUACACCUAUCGAGUCUAUCCAUGAUGUUGGUGCCGGCGGUCUUUCGAAUGCAUUGCCGGAGAUUGUGCAUGACAGCGACUUGGGUGCUGAAAUUGAUUUACGCCGUGUACCUUGUGAUGAUAGCAGCAUGUCACCCAUGGAAAUUUGGUGCAAUGAAUCUCAAGAGCGUUAUGUCUUGGCUGUUUCUCCCGAAAAGUUGAACGUGUUUGAAGAACUUUGCGCCCGUGAACGUUGCCCUUAUGCUGUGGUUGGCAAGGCUACAGCUGAGAAGCGAUUGGUGGUCAAGGACACUUUGCUCAAUGACACUCCUAUUGAUUUGCCUAUGCCUGUUUUGUUCGGCAAGCCUCCAAAGAUGUCUCGUAAGACUGAGAGCCUUCAACCUUAUCGUGUGCCUUUUGAUUCAAGCCUCAAGACUUAUUUGCCCAAUGCACAAACCGUCAAUGAAGUAUUGAAUGAAUCUGUAUCACGUGUGUUGCAGCUCCCAUCGGUUGCAUCCAAGUCUUUCCUUGUCACCAUUGGCGAUCGAUCCAUCACCGCUUUGGUUGCACGUGAUCAAUUUGUGGGUCCAUGGCAAGUUCCUGUUGCUGAUGUUGCUGUCACCACCAGCUCUCAUGGAAUGGAUAUUGUCACCGGUGAAGCUAUGGCUAUGGGUGAGCGUACUCCUAUUGCUUUGUUGUCAUCAGCUGCUUCCGCUCGUAUGGCUGUUGGCGAAUCUUUGACCAAUUUGGCUGCUGCCAACAUCCAAGACAUUAGCCGUGUUCGUAUGUCCGCCAACUGGAUGUGUGCUGCCAAUCAUCCUGGUGAAGGUGCAGGCUUGUAUGAUGCUGUUCAAGCUGUUGGUCUUGAUUUGUGCCCCAAGCUUGGUAUUGCUAUUCCUGUCGGCAAGGAUUCUAUGUCCAUGAAGAUGAAAUGGAAUGAACAAGGCGCUGAAAAGGAGGUCACUGCUCCUUUGUCUCUUAUUAUUACUGGAUUCGCUCCUAUCAUCAACAACCACAAGACCUUCACACCUCAGCUUCGCAAUAUCGAAAACACUGCUCUCGUCUUUGUGGAUCUUGCACAUGGCAAACAACGCUUGGGUGGCUCUGCAUUGGCUCAAGUGUAUAAGCAAAUUGGCCACGAAGCUCCCGAUGUUGAGGAUGCUGAGCUUCUCAAGAACUUUUUCAAUGCUAUGCAAAAGGUCAAGGAAGGUGAUGUCAAGAAGAGCAUUGUGCUUGCUUAUCACGAUCGAUCGGACGGUGGUCUUUUCACUACUGUUGCUGAAAUGUGCUUUGCUGGUCACGUGGGUGCUCAAGUUCAGCUUGAUGAAAUUGUUCAAAAUGGCGAUGUUGUUGCUGCACUUUUCAACGAAGAGCUUGGUGCUGUCAUGCAAGUUGAGGAAUCUCGUUUGGAAGAAUUUGUAUCCUUGUUGUCGGAUGCAGGUGUUCCCAAGGAGGCUGUUCACAAGAUUGGUACUGUGACCCUUCAUGAUGAUCAAGAUGCUAUUGCCUUCAACUUUGGUAAGCAAACCGCCUUUGCUGCCAACCGAGUUGAUCUUUUCCGUACUUGGAGCAAGACCUCUUAUCUCAUGCAAGCUGCUCGUGAUAAUGCUGAUUGUGCCAAGGAAGAAUAUGACAAUGUAUUGGAUGUUACCGAUCCUGGUUUGCACUAUGAGCUUACAUUUGAUCCUGCUAUGGAUAUCACAGCUGGCUUGGUUGCUCAACGCCCUCGUGUUGCCAUUUUGCGUGAUCAAGGUGUCAAUGGCCAAAUCGAUAUGGCAUUUGCUUUCCACUUGGCAGGCUUCGAAGCUGUUGAUGUGCAUAUGACCGAUAUUUUCUCCAAGCGUGUGAGUCUCAAGGAUUUCGUGGGUCUUGCAGCUUGUGGUGGUUUCUCAUAUGGUGAUGUUUUGGGUGCUGGUGCUGGUUGGGCCAAAUCCAUCUUGUUACAUCCCGAAGCUCGUGCUGAAUUCUACAACUUUUUCAACGAGAGACAAGAUACAUUUGCCUUGGGUGUGUGCAAUGGAUGUCAAUUUAUGAGCAAUCUCAAGGAACUUGUGCCUGGUGCUCAACAUUGGCCACGGUUCAUGCGCAACCAAAGUGAACAAUUCGAAGGCCGCACUACCAUGGUUGAAAUUCAAGAAACCAACAACAUCUUUUUGGAUGGCAUGGCUGGCUCUCGUCUUCCUAUUGCUGUGGCUCAUGGUGAAGGUCGUGUGCAAUUCAACAAUGCUGAUGACCAAGCUCAAUUUGAACAACAAAAUCUCGCCACUGCUUGCUACGUUGAUAACCAUGGCAACAAGACCGAGCGUUAUCCUUACAACCCCAACGGUUCACCCAAUGGUAUUGCUUCAGCACAAUCUCCUAAUGGCCGUGUCCUUAUCAUGAUGCCCCAUCCCGAACGUGUGGUCCUCAAGGAAAGCAAUUCCUGGUAUCCUGCUGAUGAAAACUGGGGUCAAGUUGGUCCCUGGCUCCGGAUAUUCCGCAACGCCCGUAAAUGGGUUGGCUAA